UCUCACUUGUCAAAGUCAAAAUAAAAAAACCCAAACAAGUUUCAACAAAGUAUUGUAUUUGAUAUAUUUUAUCUUAAAUUAUACAAAUUUAUAUUAAGUUAAAGUGUUAACAACGUUUAGUGACCAAUUUCAUUUAUAUCGGUAUUAACUGAUCAUGUCGGAAAGCCCGAAUGGGUCUUUAUCUCCUACACAAAAUGAGAAAAACAUAACUGAUGAUUCAACACAAAAACAAGGGGAUGGAGACUUGGACGAAGAUAUCUCAGCUCGCAUGACAGCGUCUUACAGUGAAAUAUCAUUUAAUUCGGAUCACGGACAAGGAAAUGACGACCAAAGGAGUGCUGGGCCCUCAAGACCUUAUGACUUACCAUCCGAAAAUCGUAGACAAGAUAAACUGCCACUCGACAUAGGUGGUCACGUACGUUACGAAGGCGAUAUGACACACUAUGUCGCAGAUGACCUUGAAUUUAAAAUCAAACUGUCUAGUCCCAUUGCUAAAAGAGGAGAGACUCCUGUUUUUGGUAGUUCUAGUGUGUCCAGAUCCAGUACACCUUCUGGUAAAUUAUACCGCCAAAUUUUAGCUCCACAAAUUGGCCAGAUUGAUAUAACAGUAUUAAAUGACUUAGAAUAUGAAGCUCAAAAAAUAGCUCAAUCUGUAGAUAAUCUAAUAGAAAACUUGUCAAAUAUUUUGCAUGCAAAUUCAUCACUUACUGCAGAGAAUAUGGAUGUAUAUAAAGAUGCUGUUGGUAAGACAUGUGAUGCUAUGGACAACAAUAUAAAAAGUAUGUACACUAUAUUAGCAAAAGGUGAAGAGGUUUCCCAAGCAAUGAUUCCGGUCCAAGCACAGGCAGCAAGAAUUGCAGAGAUUAAAAGAUUGUUGCAAAUUUUUGAGAGCAAUUUUUAAGUCACAUAUGGGGUUCCAACUGGAAUCAUAUUGAAAUAAUUUAUUGAUCUCAUAAUCAACUGUGAAUGGGAUGAGGAUGAAAGAAAUAUUAUAUUCGUUUCAAUUUUGUAACAUUAAGCCAUCUAAGUAUAGAGACAGCUCAAGCACAUUGUUGUCAAAAGCGAUAAAAGUGGCAAUAUACAAUUAUUUUUAAGAUUUUUUUUGUAAGUUUUUGCUAACAAGUAGCAUUGAGAAUUAGCUAUGUAUAGUAAGAAUGAGCAGAAAAAAAAUUGCAUUUCCUCUUUAAUAACCCUUUAAAGUGUACUAAACACAUUGUUCUUGUAGUGCAGUAUUAGUAAUGCAAUAUUUUAUCAAAUGCUAUCUUCAGAAACUAUUAAUAAAUGAGAUUGUUAGAGGCAUAUUCUUCAUCAAUGUUUUCUAUAAUAAUAAGUCUUAAUAAAUGUU